CACACAUUCAGCCGCCGCACAGCCGGACGCGAGCAGUGCAGGUCCUCGCAAUGCCAGUCGGAUCUUAAGCGCCCGUUUCAGCCCGUGCAAAGGAAAGGAGAGGACUAAUUUAAAGACCUUUUACCCCCACCUCAUUCACAGACUGUGGGUCUGAAACGGGCAGGAGGAACAGAAAGAGACAGCGUUAUAUUGGAGUUAAAGCGCGAGACAUCCUGCCGUGCAGCUAUAAGAGGAUUGCUGCAUCCCGAUACCCGUAACGCCGCGUGAAGUGUGUUAAGACAGGAAAAAUGUCAUUGUCGGGGAAGGAAAACAACACUACCCCUCAUGCCAAUUAUGUGGGACCAUACCGUUUAGAAAAGACCCUUGGGAAAGGACAGACAGGUCUUGUAAAACUUGGAGUCCAUUGUGUCACAUGUCAAAAAGUCGCCAUAAAGAUUGUAAAUCGAGAAAAGCUCAGUGAAUCCGUGUUAAUGAAGGUGGAGCGAGAGAUCGCCAUCCUGAAGCUAAUUGAACACCCGCACGUUUUAAAGUUACAUGACGUCUAUGAAAAUAAGAAAUAUUUGUAUUUGGUUUUAGAGCAUGUUUCUGGUGGAGAGUUGUUUGACUAUCUGGUAAAGAAGGGCAGAUUAACACCAAAAGAAGCUCGAAAGUUCUUCCGACAAAUCAUCUCAGCUCUGGACUUCUGCCAUAGUCACUCUAUAUGUCACAGGGACCUGAAGCCAGAGAACCUAUUGCUGGAUGAAAAGAAUAACAUCAGGAUAGCAGACUUCGGCAUGGCGUCCUUGCAGGUGGGAGACAGUCUGCUGGAGACGAGCUGUGGAUCUCCUCAUUAUGCGUGUCCUGAAGUCAUCAGAGGAGAGAAGUAUGAUGGAAGGAAAGCAGAUGUUUGGAGCUGUGGGGUCAUUCUGUUUGCUCUGUUGGUGGGAGCUCUGCCGUUUGACGAUGAUAAUUUACGAAAUUUGUUAGAGAAAGUGAAGCUGGGUGUGUUUCACAUGCCACAUUUUAUUCCACCGGACUGCCAGAACCUCUUGCGCGGAAUGAUCGAGGUAGACGCUGGUAAACGGUUAACGUUAGAGUUGAUCCAGAAGCACACAUGGUACAUAGGAGGGAAGAAUGAACCGGAACCGGAGCAGCCGGUGCCCAGGAAGGUGGCGAUCCGCUGUAUCCCGUCAGCAGAUGACAUCGACCCAGAUGUUCUGGAGAGCAUGCACUCACUAGGGUGCUUCCGUGACAAGAACAAACUGAUGAAGGACUUGUUAUCAGACGAUGAAAAUCAGGAGAAAAUGAUCUAUUUUCUUCUGUUGGAUCGUAAGGAGAGAUACCCCAGCCAUGAAGACCAAAAUCUUCCUCCUCGCAAUGACAUAGAUCCACCACGGAAGCGUGUAGACUCGCCCAUGUUGAACAGGCAUGGCAAGAGGAGGCCGGAGCGGAAGUCUAUGGAGGUGUUGAGCGUGACAGAUGGAGGUUCACCUGUACCAGCGCGAAGAGCCAUCGACAUGACACAACACGGACAGAGUAAAAGUGUGUUCAGUAAGAGCUUGGACAUCUCGAAUGGCAACCCCAAAGCAAAGAGCAAAGAGGAAAGGUCACGGUCCAUCAGCGGUGCAUCCUCUGGUCUCUCCACCAGCCCUCUCAGCAGCCCACGGGUGACCCCACACCCCUCUCCAAGAGGCAGCCCUAUCCCUACCCCCAAAGGAACACCUGUGCACACGCCUAAGGACAGCCCAGCGGGGACGCCCACCCCAACACCACCCCCCAGCCCCUCCAUUGGUGGAAUGCCCUGGAAAACACGCCUCAACUCCAUCAAGAACAGCUUCUUGGGCUCGCCACGCUUUCACCGCAGGAAACUGCAAGUUCCUACCCAAGAGGAGAUGUCCAGCCUCACUCCAGAGUCUUCCCCAGAACUUGCCAAAAAAUCUUGGUUUGGUAACUUCAUCAACUUGGAAAAAGAGGAACAGAUCUUCAUUGUUAUUAAGGACAAACCACUGAGCUCUAUAAAAGCCGACAUCGUUCAUGCCUUUCUCUCGAUACCCAGCCUCAGUCACAGUGUUGUCUCCCAGACAAGUUUUCGAGCUGAGUACAAAUCCACCGCCGGUCCUACCGUUUUCCAAAAGCCAGUCAAGUUCCAGGUAGACAUUACGUACACAGAGAGCACUGCAGCCACCAAGGAGAAUGGCAUCUAUUCAGUCACCUUCACUCUGCUCUCAGGUCCAAGCCGGCGUUUUAAACGUGUGGUAGAGACGAUUCAGGCACAGUUGUUAAGCACACAUGACCAGCCAGGGGUCCAACAGCUCUCUGGAAUUAUACAGAAAACGUAUUAAAACUCCACCCCCAAUUCCAUGUGCAUCCCAUGACGGACAUUAAUUGACCGAAGACACUUUUCAAGAUGAACAAGCAGGUUACCAAGAAAAUGGACGCUUCAUCCUUCAUCAUACUCUUCCCUUCCCACUCUUUGGUGUUUCUGUGCUUGAUGAGGACUAAAAUACAAAUACACACUUUCCUGUUCUACAGACUAUGUGCUCCCUUACCAUCCUCUCAGUACUCUAACCUGUUCACACCUACACAUACACAGGCUCUGUUCCAAAACUUAGGGAGCUAUCUAAAGAGGCAGCAUUUUAUCAUAGGUGUGCUCCUGACGUAAAGUCUGUUCCAAAAGGUAGGCCGCGUGUAUCUUUUGUGGAGAAGGGAAUCCUAGAAUGCAUUACAACAAGCCCCAUUGCAAAAAAAAAUAAAAAAUAAAAAGUCUACACAAGAUGGUGGAUGAGGCAAAGAAAUGCUAAUUAUAAAUUGACUUAUAAUUUAUUCAAUACCAAAAAUAUCAAUAAAACUAUGUAAGUCUAAUAAAAAAUUUACUAUUUUACCUAAUAUUUGUGUUUACUAUGUGGUUUUUAUGCUUAUUAGAGUAUCACAGCGUUAGAUUAGCAACAUGCUAACGGCAAACUCUAUUGAAAUCAAUUGUGAUUCGAGUUUCCAGUGUGCUAAUGUGAGGAGCACCGUUGGUAUGAUGAACAAAGUUGCUGCUUAUUAAGAGAGUUUCAGAUCAGUGACUUAAGAGGUUUCAUUUCGGAUUCUGCCUCAGGGUCCGUUCACACCAGUGGUGAAUUCUCAGGGCCAGCAAAGUCUUCUCUGCUGGCCUAACAUGCCAAAUAAAUAAAUAUUUUUCAUCCUUUCAUCCUCAAUCACCUUUUUAUCUAUAUAUUUUAAUCACUUUCCACUCUUAAUUAAUCUAUAAACAAACAGAGAAAAAUGAAAAGUUUAUCCAGUCAGAAUUUAUUCCUUGAUGCUUACAAGCGAAGCGUGACAUGCCUGAAGCAGUGCAUGAGUCUGAGCUCCACCCCCUCAGGCCUUCAGAAUUUCCACAGAGUCCCUCAACAGUGCAAAUGAAUGCGCAUCUAAUGUCAGAUUGUCAGAUUCAUCAGCCAAUCAGAUUGAUUUAUUUGUUCUUGGUGGGUGUGAUCUUUAGGAUAUGUCCCGGUCGAGGCCUUCUAACUGGCCUUGAGUGACACAAUCACGCUUUAAGUGAUGUACGUAAUUUGAAAGCGAAGAGUGUGAGAUCUUGCUGACGAGUCGGCUGUUAUCACUGCUGGCAUUGCUGUUGAGAAAGAGAUCCUUAUGGAUUUAAAAACCUGAGAUGUUCUGCAUGAUCGUACGAUUGAUUUAUUAAACAUGAAAGGAGGACUGAUUUUCACUUCAAGUAAAUUGGUAAGUGCUUUUUGCAUUGUUAUAGCAAGAUCAGGAGUUUUCUAAGUGUAAAUUAAGCUGCUUGAGCAUUCAGUGUCGGAUCAAGUUUUGAAAAGUAGUGCUGCGUUCCAUUCAACUCAGAAAGUCGGAUUUUACAACUUCCUACUAGGAAAAGUGCAAUGGAAUGCAUCUUGAAUUCAGAAUUAUAACUUGUAGGCUCGUGCCGAAAUUCUCAACUCCAAUUUCGCCGAGAUGCAGGGGCAUGAUGUCACAUAAACAUGUCAACACUCAGGGAGAUAUACAAAGUGAUAAACAUUCACUUUAUUAAUUAAUAUGGAUAAAUGAGUUCGUUUCCACAUUACAUGAUAUUAAAGCUUGUUUAACAAACGCCUGCAGAAACAGGUGUAUAAAACAUUAUAAUCUCUUUUGAUAAUCGUACACCUGAAGCACAAAUGCUAGCGCUGCAGCAUUGUUUAUCAGUUGGGAUACUAGGAGACAUCUCUAAUGAGAGUCAGACCCCUGCUAAGCUAACGGGAGUGUUGCAGUUCCGAAUAUCGGGGAAUGGAAUGCAUUUAUGGUCGGAGAAAUAAAGUAGGAAUAUCCCUCUUCCAACUUGAAUGGAACGCAGCACAACCAUGUACCCUGACGAAAUGAAAUUUAUUGCAAGCAACAUUUAAAUCACAAAUAUUAUUAGAUAGAUUUUUCCAGGUAUUAUAGACCUCCUUGGUAGAUUCAUAUGAAAAAUUAUGAUUUUUGAAUAUCUGUUCGGGAGGUGUUCAUUUCACAAAACAGUCAUGCUAUAGUUAAAAUUAGGCUUGCUUGAGUAUUAAAUGUCAUUUCAAGUUCUGGCUUUCGUGCGUGUACGUGUUUUUAAAAUGUCAAUUGGUAUUACUAGUUAGCUGCGAUAUUCACACCAAAUGUGUUUUUGUGACUUUGACCAUUGCACUGUUUCAUGCUUUUUCUUUUCUUUUUUUAGCAUUUCAUGUAGGAGCACAGCAUUUUUAAGAUGCUGUGUCAAGUUAAAAGGACUUACUAAGUUUUGGUACAGAGCUAUACUCUCACAAUACUAGACUUAAGCACACACACACACACACACACACACACCUCUAAGAUGUUUGCACUCAGAUUUAAAAAAGACCAUUGAGAUAAUAAAGAAACACUAACCAAGAAGGAAAAGACGACUUUCAGAGCUUGUGCUGAUGGGAUGUGGACUCAUUUCAGAUUGUAUCGUUUCCAUGUACGGUCUUUUUUUAUUUUUUUUUAUGAGUUUUUGUUUGAUGAUCUUCACUUGAUCUUAAAUCAUUGCUGCAAAAGGACUGAAAUAUUGAUUUCAGAGGGUUUGGGACUGUAAAUGGGGUGGGGGGAAUAGUAUUGAAUGAAUUUAUCCUUAUGAAUGAAUCUCUGUUGUACAGAUUGAACAUACUUAAGAAUAAAUAAAAUGUCUAGAUGUGACACUAGGUUUAGUUCUGUUGUAGAUUCAGAUUUUAAAUCUUGUGUUGCCACAGUCUUUUUAUAUAUAUAUAUAGGAAUAAUUCACCCCAAUAUAAAAUACUAAUUUAAAUAAAGAAAUAUUUAAUUAAAGGUUUGUAUUUUAAUUUGGGUGAACUAUUUCUUUAACCAUUGUAUUUCUGUAUUUAUUAUGUGAUGGAGCCAUUUGUUUAAUUUAUUCUGUUUGAGAAGACAU